AUGGCCUCCAUCAUGCCCUCCCAGGAAGACCUGCAGAAGUUCUACGUCGGCAAAGACAUCAACGAUGUGCCCAAACCAGCCGCCGUUCUCGAUGUAGCAAUCAUCCGACGGCACUGCGAGACGAUGCUACGCACUAUCAAAACACUCGACGUCGGAUUCAGAGUUCAUGUAAAGUCCCACAAGACACCCGAGAUCGCCAAGCUCCAAGUCGGCGACAGGACUGAGGCCAAUUUUAUAGCCUCCACAGUCCUAGAAAUCGAGAUGAUGAUCCCUCUGCUACAGGAUCUGAAACAAAAAGGUCGCAAAAUCAACAUUCUUUACGGUAUCCCCCUCGUCCCAUCACAGGUACCACUGCUAGCCAAAGCAGCUCACGAGCUCGGCGAGAACAGCAUCGCUGUGAUGAUCGACCACCCAGAUCAACUUCCCCACCUGGAGAAACUAUCUUCUCUAGCAGGACAUCCAGCCUGUGUCUUUGUCAAGGUCGACACGGGCUAUCACCGCGCCGGCUUACCGCCCGUAUCCCUCAACAAGAACGGGUUGCUUGAGAAACUCGCCUCCGCAGAGGAAACAGGCGCGGCAAGACUCCUCGGUCUAUAUUCACACAGCAGUCUGAGCUAUAGCGGGACAACUCCAGAGCAAGCUAUGGGUCAUCUAAUCAGCGAGAUCCGCGGAUGCAAAGAUGCCUUGGAGAAGAACUUGCACCUACUGCCCAAAAGGGAACUGGUCAUUAGUGUCGGUGCUACGCCGCAGGUAGUCUCGUCGCAGAACUUGCUACGUGAAGAUUCUCCCUAUGCGGAAGCGCGCGAGCUCAAGACUUUACUACGCGAGACGAAUGUCGAGCUGCACGCUGGUGUCUAUCCCAUCCUGGAUAUGCAGCAAUUCUCCACACAUGCUAGUGCUGAUUCUGGACUUUUGGAGGAUGAAAUUGCCAUCUCAGUGGUAACCGAAGUAUGCAGUGUCUAUAACGAUGGCGAGCGUGAAAAGCCCGAGGCGCUCCUGGCUGCAGGGACGCUCGCGCUGGGUCGAGAGCCGUGUCCGAGUUACUCGGGCUGGGGAGUUGUUUCUUCUUGGCAGUUGGAUGGGGUUGAAAAGUCCUCAUUGGAGAGACUGGUUGUUGCGAGGAUCAGCCAGGAGCACGCGAUUGUCACUUGGGGGAAUGAGUCCCAGGCGAAAAUUCCCCUGCGUAUUGGACAGGUGGUCAAAGUGCACCCAAAUCAUGCCUGUGUGACUGGUGCCUUUUACGGGUGGUAUUUUAUUGUCGAUUCGGAUCAAGACAGCGACGCUACUCGGAUUGUGGAUGUUUGGGUUCGGGCUAGAGGGUGUGGUAUGAGGGCCUGGUAA